UGUGUCUCCAGCAGCGGCCGCUCAGCAGCAUCAGAGCCGAUCCUCCUCCGUGCCGGGUAGGCGUGCUGUCGACGGCGCUGUCACACGUUCACCGAACGACGCUCGCCUUUUAUUUCCAGAGCGCGGCUCGCAGCGGGAUAUAAAGCUCCCCGGCUCAGAGCCAACAUGGGUUAGAAACACGGCGACAUAUGGAUUAUCCACUUUGCGCACUUCGGCGGGGAUGAUGGAGGGAGAACGGGACUUGUUUUCGCAGAGACAUCCUGACAAAGACGGGGACUGACGGGGGACUGGAUCCGGAUUCUCCGUCCCUCUCUCCGUCUCGCUUUUGCAUCUUUUAGCCUUUUUUCAACUGUUUUCCUUUUUUUAAAAAUCUUUUCUUUCGUUUUUAUUUUUCAUUUCCCUCGCUUGUGUCCGAGACAGAGCGAUGUUCGCAGAAUUGCUGUGCGGCGCCGUGGCUCUGGUCCUGUAUGUCAACACGCUGGGCGCCGAUUUCUGCUACGAUGACAGCCGUGCAAUCAAGACCAAUCAGGACCUGCUCCCAGAGACCCCCUGGACAAACAUCUUCUACAAUGACUUCUGGGGGACUCUGCUGACGCACAGCGGAAGCCAUAAGUCUUACCGGCCUCUCUGCACCCUCUCCUUCCGCCUCAACCAUGCGGCGGGCGGCCUGGAGCCCUGGGGCUACCACCUGGUCAACGUGCUCCUCCACGGCGCCGCCUCGGGCCUCUUCACCUCGCUGGCCCGCCUGCUGCUGGGCGGCGGGCGCUGGAGCCUGCUGGCCGGCCUGCUCUUCGCCUCGCACCCCGUCCACACGGAGGCGGUGGCGGGCGUGGUGGGGCGCGCCGACGAGGGCGCCGCCGUCUUCUUCCUGCUGUCGCUGCUGUGCUACGCGCGGCACUGCGCGGCGCGGGGCCGUGCCGGCCCGUGGCGGCCCGCGGCGUGGCUGCUCGGCAGCCUGGGCUGCGCCGCCUGCAGCAUGCUGUGGAAGGAGCUGGGCGUCACCGUGCUGGCCGUGUCGGCGCUCUACGACGUGUGCGUGUUCCACGGGCUCAAGCUGCGGCAGAUCGCGGCGCUCGUCUACAAGAGGAAAAACGUCCACCUGCUGCUCGGCGUCCUACUGCUGGCGGCCUGGGGCGCCUUCCUGUUGGCCUGCCGCUUCUACUGGAUGGGCAACAAACCCCCCAACUUCUCCAACUCCGACAACCCGGCGGCGGACUGCCCGUCGCUCCUCGCCAGGACGCUGACCUUCCUCCACCUGCCCGCCGUCAACUUCUGGCUCCUCCUCUUCCCGGACACGCUCAGCUUCGACUGGUCCAUGGACGCCCUGCCGCUGGUGAGGAGCGCGGCCGACUGGAGGAACGCCCACACGCUGCUCUUCUACCUCGGGCUGCUGUCGCUGGCCUGGUCGGGCCUGUGGGCGCGCCCGCCCGCGGCCGGGGGCAAGGAGGCCCACGGCAACGCCCACGGCAACGCCCACGGCAACGGCAAAGCUCACCACUACACCAACGGCAGGAACGGAAGCAGUAAUGGACACAGCUACCAGUGCAACGGCCACAACCACACGGACGCUCCAAUCACAGGUGCACAGAACGGCACCAGGAACCGCUACGAGAGCAGGACGCUGCCCACCACGGAGAACGUGGUGGUGUUCUCCCUGGGCCUGCUGACUGUCCCCUUCCUCCCCGCCACCAACCUGUUUUUCUACGUAGGGUUUGUCGUGGCCGAGAGGCUCCUGUACAUCCCCAGCAUGGGCUUCUGCCUGCUGGUUGCCGUGGGGAUGAGGUCCCUCUACGUGCGGCUGCGGCGCCGGUCCUUCAGGACCGCGUUGGUUUACUGCAGCGCGUCGCUGGUCCUGCUUUUCGGUGCCAAGACCGUGCUGCGGAACCGCGACUGGCAGAAUGAGGAGAUGCUCUACAAGUCGGGGAUUUCGGUGAACCCCGCUAAAGCGUGGGGGAACCUCGGAAAUGUCCUGAAGAGCCAGGGGAAGAUGGAGGAGGCCGAACAGGCGUACAGAAACGCGCUGUAUUACCGCAGCAACAUGGCCGACAUGCUGUACAACCUCGGUUUGCUGCUGCAGGAGAGCAACAAGUUCUCCGAGGCGCUCCACUACUACAAGCUGGCCAUUGGGAGCCGGCCAACUCUGGCUUCUGCUUACUUGAACACAGGCAUCAUCCUGAUGAACCAGGGCUACCUCGACGAGGCCAAGCGGACCUUCCUGACCUGCGCGGACAUCCCCGACGAGAACCUGAAGGACCCCCACGCCCACAAGAGCUCCGUCACCAGCUGCCUGUACAACCUGGGCAAGCUGCUCCACGAGCAGGGGCAGCAGGAGGAGGCCCUCUCGGUAUUUAAAGGAGCGAUACAGAAAAUGCCAAGACAAUUUGCACCACAGAGCCUCUACAACAUGAUGGGAGAGGCCUACAUGAGGCUGAACAAGCUGACUGAAGCUGAACACUGGUACAGGGAGUCGCUGAGAGCCAAACCCGACCACAUUCCUGCUCACCUCACCUACGGCAAACUCCUGGCCAUGACGGGGCAGAAAACAGAAGCGGAGCAGUACUUCCUGAAGGCCAUCCAGCUCGACCCUACUAAAGGAAACUGUUACAUGCAUUACGGUCAGUUUUUGUUGGAAGAGUCGCGGCUGCUGGAAGCGGCGGAGAUGGCGGAGACGGCGGCACGUCUCGACAGCCGGGAGUUCGACGUGGUCUUCAGCGCCGCCCACAUGCUCAGGCAAGCCAGCCUAAACGAGGCAGCCGAGAAGUAUUAUGGACAAGCAGCGACCCUUAGACCCAAUUAUCCUGCAGCUUUGAUGAACCUGGGCGCGAUCCUCCACCUCAACGGGAAGCUCCAAGAAGCCGAGGCCAAUUACCUGCGAGCACUUCAGCUGAAGCCGGACGACGCCAUCACCCAGUCCAACCUGCGCAAGCUGUGGAACAUCAUGGAGAAACAGGGCCUGAGGACCACGAGCCCCUGAGCUCACCCCUGCCCACCUACUCGCCGUGCGGAUGCCAGACCUGGGCAAGGGCCUGCAUGCACGUCCUCUCCUCCGGGACCCAUGGAGGAGACGCGGGGGUGGGGUUGUUACUGUGCUGCUCCAUCCACCUAAGGACUUCUGAGCUUCUCAUACAACUCAGGCCAGCAGCUUUCCUCAGGAGCAUCACUCACAGUUUGGCCGGCACUACGGUGCAUGGCAUUUGGACUCUUAAGAACUUUCCGUCAAAAUUAACACACUUGUUUUUUUUUACACCUAGAGCACUUGAAGUUAUCGUAAGACCCUACAGUAGGUACACCCUUCAACAAUUGUGAUGAGUCAGCGCUUUUUUGCUUAGCUUUGUUUUUUUCUAGAUCAAAUGGAUGAAUGAGCCCAAGCAGCCAGAGAGACAGUUGAGAGUUGAGUCUGAGAGCUGCAGUGAGGGUAUUUACCACCACUACUUUAAUAAUGUUUUUUUUCUUUUCCAUCUUGAUAAGCAUGAGAAAAUAAGGUAACUUAAGUAAUUCAAAGAAUAAUCAUGUUAAUCGAGUUUUAAUCUGUAGCCUGAGAGUCUCUUCAAGUCCAUGGAGCCGUUCUGUUUUACUCUUGGGAUGAAACACGCUUCAUAAUGAAGGUAUAAAAAUGAGUGCCAUUGCUGGAAAAGCAUUUGUAGCAGAUCUUUUCGCAUUAGGUCAAAACUUGAAAAAGGGAAUUAAACGCAUCAGCACACCGCAGCACAACAACCGCCUGUAAAAGCAAAGGGAGUGAUUUUCUUUUCACACUGUAAUGCCUUAUAAUAGAAGUGUACAGUAGCAUGCAGGUGGCAAUAUUUACCACUUCAGCUUGGUUUUUUGUUUUUUUCUCUCUUCACUGAUGAAGAAACAAAGUCACCACGGUAACCUGUUGACAACAGUGCGAAAAGCUUCCCAUGGAAGUCACAGACGAAGAGGCCGGUACGGUGCGUUCGGGGACACGUUCACCCCCACGCACCUGACGCUGCUACGAAGAAGUCGAGCUGAAACACAUGAAGGAGGUCCUAAAACCAAAUACAAGAAGCUUUUCACAGACCUGUGCUCUGUGGUAGCAUGUCUAAGGGAAGUAUUGCAACACCUAUGUUUGUGUUGGUAUGAAACUAAUUGCAUUACCUUUGUAUAAAUGAAUCUUAAUAUAUACUUACUUUGCUUAUAGCUUCAAGAAUCAUUCAGCAAAAAAAUAGCCAGGCUUAAAAUGGAAGUUUUAAGGUGGUUCAAACAUGAAGUAUUUCACACAUCAACAGUCUUAAGGUCUCGUUUUGUAUAUAUUCGGUGCAGGUAGGAUCUGUGUGUUGGUUUGUUGAUGUCGGCAUCUGACGGCACCUUCCCAGAAGAACAUGUGUAGUGUUUGUGAUCAUAAUCGCUACCACCGCCACAAACCUCCCGAGCUUCCUGUGUCUUUAGUUUGUUAUGUUGUAAGUUAUUGCUUUGCGUUUCCAUAGCAACAGAACCAGCUGGUACUGUGUUUGUAUAUGUAAAAUGAAGGAAGUGACCAGACGAGUUGUUUGUGGUCGUUGCUGGGAAAAAAAAUCAGCAAAUUUGUGGUGUCAACGGUUUUUGAUUUUCACUGUUAUGGCCACUAGAGGAACGUUUGGGGAAAGGAUCGCAGUUCACUCCAUUUGGGCCUCACAUCUCACAAAAGCCAUGUGUUAAUUUCUCCUGUGUGUAUAUAAAGUGUUUAUGAACAAACACUCCUAAUUGUUAUUGCUUGAGUGACGAUGGAAGAAAAUGUAAAAGGAAAAAAAAAAAAAGCCUCGCGUUCCACUCUGUGUCCGUCCUCAGGGAUCUCGAGAAGAGUGUUACUGCAGAAACCUGUUCACAGAGCGUUUACUAAAUUAAAGAUUUAUUUUUGAAAGUUGUUGUAUUUGUAUAAAUUAUCAAGAUUUGUAGCCGUUUUCUCAUUUUUGUAUCAUGAAGAUGAACAAUGUGCAAGAAUAGAACCUUUUCCCCCCGUCUUGCUUUUUUUCCACAAUAAAUUUAUGGUGUUCUGCUUUUGCUCA